AUGACCCAUUGGGGGGCAAGUGGGCAGAGUUCAUUCGGUCCGCCCUCCCCUCAAGUCGACCGAGGGGAGGGCGCAAAAACGGGUUCUCUUCCUGUGGGGAAAUCUGUUGCCACCGCCUGCGGCUUCGCUUGCCCUUCUUUAGCCCCGAGAGGCCCCUUACGCGACCAGCGACUUAUCUUUGCCGCCAAGCAGGUAAACGGUUUAAAAAAGGCGGGAAAGGAGCCGGCGCUUCGGGUCGCGCGCACAGUUUCAAGCCGCCUUUUGGUUUUUUUCCCCCUUCGCCCCUGCCUCUUAAAAAAAAUGGCGCCUAAAAAAAACCAAACCAACUUUCUCCGUCGUUUGGGACUUGGGCAACUCUCCAGGGGCGCGAGUUCUUCUCCGUCUCUCCGCUUGCUUUUCUUCGGGGAUUGCAAGCUUGCCCUAGAAAGAAAGAAAGAAAGAAAGAAAGAAAGAAAGAAAAAAAGGUGCAAGGGCAUUUUCGUCUCAAAAAAAUGUCCGCUAUGUCACGCACUUGCUUCUCCCUUUGCAACUGAAGGGACUUUGCAGGGCUGGAUCCUGCAAAGCGCUCUCGUAGAGAUCUGGGUUUCAGAUCCUCUCAGGCAGCUUUGAAAAACAACAUGAAGGGUUGAGGUUUGGCAGGUAGAGGAAUAGAAAAAGGGGAAGGCAGGAAUCUCUCACUUUUGAUCUUUGUGCAGAAGAGGGCAUUGUAACAGGUGCUGCUCAUCCUGCAGGGGCAAAUAUAUAUAUAUAUAUAUAUAUAUAUAUAUAUAUAUAUAUAUAUAUAUAGUGUGUGUGUGUGUGUGUGUGUGUGUUGCAACGUCCGCCAUUGCCAGAAAAGCCAAGUCUUGCUCAGUAGCAUGUGUGUGUGUUGAUGUUUUUAAAUCCCAUUGUGUAAUGAUGGUGGGCUGGAUCCUUGCACAUGUCGUCUAUCAUUUAAAAAAAAUUCCUUCACCUUUCUGUGUUCAAGAACGCAAUGUAGCUUUAAAAAGGCAAAAUAUAUUCAUAUGCGGGGGGGGGGGUGAACAUCCACAUAGAAAUCAAAUCAAAUGACAAUCCAGAUCAUUUCAUUUAAAUCACGGCUGCAAACACUCCCCCCCCCCCCUUAGUACUUAGAGGGAUAUGUAGCCUUAACAUCUCCAGGUUGUAACCGGGAAUCUUUGUGUGGAGGCUGUCUGAGGAAUUUUGAUAUCUCAAACAUUAACGACGAAGCAAACAAAUUGUUAUUACAUCUCUAAAUCGUGCCCAGUUGCCAACGCCAACUUUAAAACAAAUCAACAUAGAAUUAUCAAAACAGAACUAAAACCAGCAGUUUUAAAACAUGCACCAUCAGGUUACAUGUUGAAACUACCCAUCUGGGUAAAGAGGAAGUCUUGACAGUGGCAUAGAUUUCCUGUAAAUUACGCCAAGUUAAUGUUUAUAUUUAGCUUGUGACCAAGUUGUAACUUAAGUUCCUCAUUCCUUUUCUUUUAGUUGAGUUUGUGAUCUCCUCUGAACAUACUAUAGUUUUCUCCCACUGUUAAUUCAUUUUGUUGUUGUUGUUGUCUACCUUUUACUGCAAAGGCUGACAAAAUUGAUUGUGUUAAAAGUGGGGCGGAGAAUCUUCUGCCCCAUCUUUAAGGCAACAGCAUUCUUCCUCUUAAGACACUCUGUUUAGAAACACGCUCUUUCCUGCUGCUGAAAGGCAUAAGGUAGGUGUUAAUGAUUUUAAAACAUGUAACAUGAGAAAGUUUUGAAUACUUUUGCCAAGAGAGUACUUGUCACUUAACUUUUAUUGUGAAUGGUGAAUGGGUCCAAAGUUUUUUUAGGAGAUCGCUUUCAUGGGGGGUGGGGCAGAACCUCACUUAAUUGAGUACUUUCAAUGCUUUUCAGUAAUUUUUGUGUAUCUAGGGGGACCAGUUGCCCCCACCUGGCUACACCCAUGAAUGGGUCCAAUAUUGUGAAAACACGGCAUCUUCUUUUCCGUCCUUUUGGCUGAACUUGGUAUCUAGCCAUAAGCAUGGCUUUGGUAGCCCCUGACUGCUGAACAGUUAUAAAGCCUUAGGGUGUGUGCUGGCUGAAGACAUGGCUGCUUAAUCUUUCUCUUACCUGCUGCCUUUCCCCUGCGAGACCCCUCUCAUCCAGCUAAGAUUCCUGGACGUGCAUUUUGUGUAUCCCAUGAAAAGUGAGGAGGGGCUUGCAGAGAAAGCAUCCAAGAUGGCUGUUCUUCAGAACCCAUUCCCCACCCCUAAACUAACCCUCAUUCUCCCUUUGCUGCUUUAACAGACAUCGGUUUAACAGUGUUGGUUAAAUAUAGUCACUUAUUCUAUCUAAUACCACCUCUUGGCACAGGGUUUUGGAAAGAUUAUCUUGUGAACCUCCCUAAGACUUGUGGGUAUAUGGUAGUAUACAAAUUUUAAUCAUCAUCAUCACCAGUGUGAUUUAUUGCCUUGAUUAGGCAUGGGGGGGGGGAUUUGGUUAAGUCCUCAUUUAAAGUUGAAUUUAUCAAAUUGAGAACCAAAAACACCCAUCCUUCAAAAUUUGCACAUCUGAAUUUUGCUGUGCAUUUCUCCAACCAGUGCUGAUAAAACAUGUAUAUUAUGUGCAAACAUUAGUAAGUGAAAGUAAUAUACAAAAAUGCAUUGUACAGUGGUACCUCGGGUUACAUACACUUCAGGUUACAUACGCUUCAGGUUACAGAUUCCGCUAACCCAGAAAUAGUGCUUCAGGUUAAGAACUUUGCUUCAGGAUAAGAACAGAGAUCAGACUCCGGUAGCGCGGCAGCAGCAGGCGGCCCCAUUAGCUAAAGUGGUGCUUCAGGUUAAGAACAGUUUCAGGUUAAGAAUGGCUCUCCGGAACGAAUUAAGUACUUAACCCGAGGUACCACUGUAUUAGGAGAAAUUGCAUUCAGAAAUGUGUACAUUGGUCAAAACUGCAUACAGAAAUGUGUAUGUUAAGAGAAAUUCACACACAACCGCUGAAGAGUUUCCAUGAGGACUUUUUGAAAAAUGCCCAAAUUGGUGCAGAAAUGUGGAGAACCAAAUUUAAGAUUGGAAAAAUGAGAAACAGAGAGAACCGCAAUUGACAGAUCCUCCCAUCCUUAGUCCUGCCCAUUAUGUAUGAAAGGCUAGUUCUGAGGAUCUAAUCUCAGGUCUGCUACAUACCCUGAGGUUCAUUACCAUUUGAAAUGAAACAUUUUUCUUCAUCACCAUUGCCUCACCACAAUCAAGGGCUCAUCCACACUUUUGUUUCUAGACACAGGUCCAAAUGGUGUUUCUUUCAUAGCGUCAUUUUCCCUGGGAGAAUCCUGAUAGCUCAGAAGGAAGAGCAUGAGACUCUUAAUCUCAGGUUUGAGCCCCACGUUGGCCAAAAAAUUCCAGGGGGUUGGACUAGAUGAACCUUGUGGUCCCUUCCAACUCUAUGAUUCGCCACUGAAUCAGAGAAAACACCAAUCCUCAGAAAACUCAAUUGACAUUUAUUCCAGCCCAGCAGCAAACACUGAGUUUUCCUAGAAAAAGCAAUGGAUUGGGGGGAGGAAAACUUUUCUGACCCAGGCCUAGGAAUAACAGGACAAAUGGAUGAGUCUAUACUAAAUACUUUUAAAGGGCUAUUUAGUUAAACCUAAUAUAUAUUUUUCUGCACCACUCCCUGAGCAGUAUUACUUUUCCAUGGCAGCUUUAUCCUCAAGCUAAGUUUCUUUGUGAGGAAAUGUUAUUGAAACUAAGGCUCUGUACAUACCAUGCGUUUUAAACACUUCCCACCAAACAUGGGAACUGUAGAUCACCCCUAACAGAGCUACAAAUUCCAGCACCCUUAACAAACUACAGUUUCCAAGAUCCCCUCCCCCGAGGGGGGCGAGUGGCUGCAUUAGGGAGCAGAUAAACCCCCAAAGGAAUGUGGGUAAUCUUUAAAGUAGCAUCAGUUCCCCCCAAAGCAAACAACACCUACAGGGAACCCCAUGCCCCACACCCAACUGCAAAAAAAAUCCCUUUAGGCUUUUUCAUUUUCCAGCUGUGUUCCAUUCUUUUCAAAAUAAUUUCUCUCUCGCCUCCCCCGUCACACAUAGACAGAGUUAAACUUUGUUCAGAGUGUGUCCAGCAGAUACUUUUAUUUAAGCAAAUUCUGAACUUCUGGGGCUGAACUGCAUGUGAUGUCAUGAAAUCCAUGACUGGACCUGCUAGGUGGUUUCCAACUUAGUUUAACACAGUUAGGUCCAAUUACUUAAAUGGGUCUAUUCUGAGCAAAACAUAGCUGAAUGUGACCUGGUAAAGAGGUAAAAGCUAGUGAAAGUGUGUGUGUGUGGUGACUGGUUAGCACUGUGAAAGGGCUUUAAAAAACAAAUCCUUUCCUCGCACCGUUUCCCCAAAUUUCAUUUCCCUCCAAGCUUCUCUGUGCCCUGCUUUGGGGGGGGGGUAUAUCAAAGAUAAGGAUUUUGUGGCCUUCCUUGUGUUAGAUUCAAAAGUCCUAUCAAUGCCAGCUAGAUGGCCAGUGGUGUGGGAGGAUGAGUUGUACUCCAACAACAUCUGGGAGCUGUAGAUACUGCAGGUAUGUAUGGUACAGGAUGCUUUAGCUGAGAUACUACAUUGCAGGGGUUUGGACUAGAUGACCCUUGGUGUCCCUUCCAAAGCUACAGUUCUGUGAUUCUAUAAUUGUAUUUUGCCACAACAUCUCAUUUGGCCCCAGCUGAGAAAGAAAUGGGGAUAACAAGCAAAUCACAAGAAAUCAGUGGUGGUGGAGACCCAAAAUAUGCAUAUAUAUAUAUAUAUCCACGCAACUGAAUUCCUUUCAGAUUCACAGUGGUUCAUCCUUUUUCAAACUUCCAGAGAGAUGUCUCACUAACUCCUGGAUCUGUGUAAGGCUUUCUGUAUCUUAAACUGCAAAAAACACAUAUGGCCAUCAUGAAAUCUCUUCAUAACUAUGUUUUAAAUUGUCAUUUGAUUCUGCUUUUCUGCUAAAUUAUGAAGUGUCUUCUAUUGCCGUAAUAAGAAUGAAUAUUGGGAGAGCUAAUGUUUCCAUUAGAGUACUUAAUAUUUUAAUGUGAACUCUUUUUGCAGGAGUUUGAGGCUAAUACAGAGUACAAGAACUCCGCCAAGCACAUUUUAA